AUGGUUGGCAUUGACCAAGGCAGCGGUAUAAAUCUAGGUAUUUUCCUUCAGGAACUAUUCGCCAGCCGAAAAAGUGCUUCCGGUCUCACGAGUGGCGCGCAGGCCUUGGCAGCCUUUUUUCGAGGCCUUCUUCAAGACCCGGAUCUCAAAGCUCAAGAGACGGGUGCAAAUCAGUUGUUCCAAGGCCUACGUGAUAUGAUGAACCGAGAGUAUUGGACUCGAAUCUCGAUCAACCAAGAAGUCGCCCUGGCGAAAGAGGCAGUUGUCUUAUUCGCAACAAGGGCCAUGUACCAAUGCGAUGCCGAGGGUCUUGAAUUAGAUCUGUGCACGCCAGAUGAGAGGAACCAAGGUAUCCUACCGUCAUGGGUCAUUGACUGGCGAAGAAAUGGAAUUGAAACCCGCCGUACAUGGCCUAUAAACCGUUCCAGGCGCUGGCCACACUACUAUGCAACUGGAGAGAUUGACGUACCCACUGCGGCAUUUGUAGAAGGUGAUAACCAGCAGGGAAUCCUUCGCCGGUAUGGGUGCUUCGUGGAUGAACUAUCAUAUAUAUGGCAAUAUACUGGAGGAAGCUGUGAUAAGAGUACUCCAGCGGGGAGAGAAAGGGACAAGACACGACGGCUGUCGUCGAUCAUUGAGUUUGUGCAGUUACCGCACACCUCCGGACCUGGUGAGGACUACGUGUGGAGGACUCUGCGAUAUCGCUACAGCAAUGAUUCAGAAGAUGCACAUGACGAGAUAAGCUCAUUUAUUCGUGCCAUAAUGCGACAGCAAAUCCUCACCGUGGACAAUUUAACCAUGUUACAGAAAGUCCACCUGAACUCAGUACCAGCACCAAAGCCGCAGUCGAAGAACUGGACCGUAGCCGAAAAGCUUUCUAACGCGAUCCAACAUGUUCAGGACUGUGUCUGUGUCUCAGGGGAAGGAAGAACUCUGUUCAAGACACAGAAGGGGAUGUUUGGUCUAGGUCACGAGUACAUACAGGGAGGGGAUAUCGUUACACUUAUUCCUGGGGUUCAUUAA